AUGAGCGCUCUUCUUGACAAGUAUACUGCCCUCUCGGGAAAGAGUUCAAGGGACGAUGUAUUCAAAGCUUUGAAGGGGAUCGAAGAUGCGUCGCCGCUGCAGGUGAAGGACGGCGAGCGUAUACGGCUCGUCAACGCGCUGCUUGAUGACCUGAACAAGCUCAAGAAGGGCAAAGAUACCAGCAGACUGGAUAUCUCCGAUGCCGCGCAGGCGUUGGGCGCACUCAAGUCGUUGGGAAAGCACCCGAGUGGUGCCCGCAUCCUCGCACAGAAAGAUAAUCUCUCUUUCUUGCUCGCACUUUCGGAGACAUACUACAAGGAGAAUCUGGAUGCUGCGCUUGAGUCCCUGCGCUGUAUUGCAAACUCGAUGCUGCUUGUGGAAGAGGCCCGGCGGACGCUUAUCGGCGAGGAUAUCAAGGGUGGAGACAUUGCACUGCGCUUACUUGAGAAAUCAAAUUCCCCCGAUACGAUCUUCUUGAGCAGUCGUAUACUGUUCCUCGCCACAGCAUCUUCCGCCCACGGCGGCCCGCUCGUCAUCCAGUUUGUCGACGAGAAGGGUGCUCUGGAAAUUAUCGCGACCCGCAUCGACUCGCUUCUCGUAAGCAUCCUCGCCGGAACGAAGAUGGCCCGCGAGGCCUUGACCGACUUGCUCAAGUUCUCGUAUAACCUCCUCGCUCACUAUCCCAAGAUCGGUGAUAGCGAGCUGGUUCAAGACUUCGGAUGCGGCGAUGAGCAGCGCUGGUCCGCAAAACUCGACGUUCUCCUUCCUCCAGCUCUGCGGGCAUUCAACGCACUCCCGCCAACGCCCAAUACGCCCCUCGCAGCUCCGCUGACGCAUGUCAUCCAUGCCCUGAUCGAAAUACCUGUUACACCCAAGAAUCGUUCGACCUGGCUGCCUACCGCAACGCCCGAACGCCGCUCCGGCUCGUCCAGCUCCCGUCCCUCGCCAACGCAGACUCCCGCUGACCUUUCUGGUACAGCGCCGAGUAGUCCAAAAGAAGGCAAAACUGGAGCUCUCGAUAGAGCCAUGAGCAUGCUCCACGCCGGCCGCCGCUCGUUCUCGUCCCGACCGUCCUCGCCCAACCCCGCCAUGCCACGGCCAUGCCCGACAGAUACCGCAAUGCACGCCGCGGAUCUUCUCGACAGCGCUCUGGCACACUACAUACCCGGUGCAGUCGAACCGGACGACCCCUCUGUGCGAUCUCGCAUCCAGAAUGAAGCGAAGGCGACGCUCGAUGAACACUUAUGUCCGCUGGUCGUGUUACUAGCCAAAUUUGCGCGCGCCGAUGAUGCCUGCCGCGCAAAACUGAAGGAGUGGGUCGUGCCGGCCAAUCUUGACCGGACGAUACCACUAGCGGAGAGAGAGGAUACGCUAGGAAGGUUGCUAAGGUGUCUGCCGAGCGUGUAUCAUCCUCGGUUGAAAGCUUGUGUGGGCGAAUUCUUGUUCGCCUGCUGCAACCAGGAUUCCAUGCAAAUGAUCUCGGCAUUCGGCUAUGGCUCGGUCGCCGGCUUCCUCUUCAACAAGGGCAUCGUCACUGGUCCACCAUCAGGCGUAGAAGAAGUUCACCCCAAUGCGACCAUCAACCCCAUCACGGGUGCCAUUCAGCAACCACAACAGGAUGCGGACGAGAUGACGGAGGAAGAGAAAGAAGCUGAAGCUGAGAGGCUGUUCGUACUCUUCGACCGCUUGGAAAGGACCGGCGCGAUACCACCCAGCGCAAAUCCUGUCCGACAGGCAAUGCGUCGCGCAGCGGAGAGCUAG